CUGCACUACAGUGCAAUUUUUACAUUAUUUUGCAGGUUGAAAAGCAUUAAUGUUAGCUAUGGAAUUCAAAGUUCUUUGGUUUAACAUUAUUAAGUGAUAAAAAAAAUCUUACACUGUUUUUAUCUGUAAUUCUCUAAUCAGAGGAGUUUCUUUAUUAGUAUCUGGGGAAAUGGAUGGGAUUUGAAUGGUUAUUGGUUUGUCCCUGUUCAUAGUCUUACAUGGUAAAUCAGUGCACCAUCAAGGGAAAAAAUUUAUCCAUCAUGGUUUCAUUUCCUCUCCUGGCAUUUCAUUGAUGCUGCUUGUUCCUACUUUACAUAUUUGGAUCAGAAUUUGCAGCUUGGCAGAUCUGGCAACCAGUCAUCAAAGCUGUCAAUGUUCUAGAAAACUUGGAUUGAAGCCUUUUGGAACCUUGGCUAAAAGCAGCAUAAGGAGAAGGCUGGAAAAGAGAAUAUAUAUUCCUCUUCCAAAAUUUGAGAGGCGUAAGGAGCUCAUACGGAUCAACCUAAGAACUGUUGAGGUAAUAUAUUUUGCUAACAGUAUUUUCUCUGUAAUCGUUUACCUAGUAAGACAACUUCGUUCUUAAGAUCAGACUUUGUACCAUAUAUUUAUGGAAACAUGUUUGGCAUGUUGCCUAGUUGCAUGUUAGUAUUG